GGAAUGGUCAGGGGGUGAGGAGGGGGUAGAGAGUCGAGAGCGGAGCUGAGGGCUGAAGGUUAAAGGGAAAGGCCUUGAGACGGCCCUGAAGGAGGAGAGGGAGGAGGCAGUGGGGAUGGAGGGCUGUUACUGGGGGCCGCCCGGGGUGGGGGCGCUGCUCCGCACAGGUAACUGAUGCAAUGCAGAACCCAACUUCCUUUGGUGGGGACGAGGUAAACCCGGAGUGGUUUGUGUGAGGUGUGAAGUGAAGUCACCGAUCAGGAGGGGCAGCGACACCAUCAGUUACCAUCACCCGGACACCAGCGCCUGGAGCAGGAAGUGAGGAGAGAGACUGUGAGGGAGAGGACCACAGAGAGGAGCGGCUUCACCCCAACCCCACAGCACAGCACCGCCACAGCUCCGCACACACCGGGGGCGGAAUGGAGCUCAACUUGGCCUUUGCCAAGUCAACCCGGGGAGUGCUGAAGCUUUCAGAGCUGACUGUAGGAUUUGUGGCGUUUGUCAGCUUCGCGACCUGUUUCUCGGGGGCGUACGUGGCCAUCCCGCUGCUGGAGCUGCUCAUCACGCUGGCCUUCUACCUGCUCUACCUGCUGAAGCUCCACUCCUCCCUCACCCUCAUCUUCUGGCCUCUCACUGAUGUACUGAGCUCCCUGCUCGCUGCUCUCUUCCUCCUGAUCAUCUGCAUCGCGGCUUUGGUCAGCAAGACAACGGCGGGCGCCGUGACUGGCUCGGUCUGUGGAUUUGCGGCCAUUUGUCUUUACUUCGCUGACGCUUACUUGACCUACAAACUCAUCACUUUCAACCAGCGGCGAGCUCCCAAAGCUGAGGCCACGUAGCCUGGUCUCCAACUGUCUGCUCACCCUCCUUCCCUGUGUUCCCGAAGGAAUGACUGCUCACCACGGGAUGCCCUGGGUUGCGGAGCGAAAUACAUACCUGCAAAAGUUUGUGUAAUUGGAGUGAUCUGCUGAUCUCUGGGGGUGGG